CAAACAUUUAGUCGCCUGACAGAUGUACUGGCACCUGGUUGGCAUUCGAUUCGACGAAAUUUAUCAGUCAGUGAGAGUAGCUGAAUCAAGUGUAUUCGAUAUACACAUUUAAAAACAAAAUCAUCACAUUUUUUCCAAAUUUCAAUUUUUUCACUCCGUUCGUUCAAUACGAAUUUCGUCGAUUUCUAAUUCUAUUUUAAUCACAUUUUCCAUUUUUUGACAUCAUUAUUUUAACGGGACAAAUUUGUUUCUUCGGUUUGCCUUUUGAAAAAAAAAAAAGAUAAUAAUUUUUCAAGAUGGAAAGUUCAUGGGUUGAGACAGCAAUCAAUGCAAUUCGCGUUGUAAGUUUUAUGUGCGAUGUUAUCACAUUUCCCGUAUAUUUAUUGGUACAACAACCAUGGAAACGACGACAAUUAUCAAGGCGACUCAAAGCAAAACCAAUUUCGGCCGAUAAUAAUGAAAUUACAUAUCGUUCCGUUGUGCCUACAAGCGAGACACAUGUUAAACUGGUGCAAGCAAACGUUGAUACAUUGGAAAAGAUGUUGACCUUUGCAACAAAAAUACAUAAAAACAAAAAGUGCUUGGGCACACGUAAGAUUCUAAGCGAAGAAGAUGAAAAACAACCCAAUGGCCGCGUGUUUAAAAAAUACAAUAUGGGCGAAUAUGAAUGGCGUACGUUUACCGAAGUUGAAAAUGCAUCGGCUAACUUUGGCCGUGGUCUUCGUGAACUUGGUCAGGUUGCAUAUAAAAACAUUGUCAUAUUCGCUGAAACCCGAGCUGAAUGGAUGAUCGCCGCACAUGGAUGUUUUAAACAAAAUUUUCCAAUCGUCACUAUUUAUUCAACACUUGGCGAUGAAGGUGUUUUACAUGGUAUCAAUGAAACUGAAUCCACAAUCAUUGUAACAAGCCAUGAAUUGUUGCCAAAGUUUAAAUCAUUAUUGCCAAAAUUGCCAAAUGUUCAUGCCGUCAUUUAUAUGGAGGAUCAACUGCAUGAAACCAAAACGAAUGGUUUUAAGGAAGGCGUACGCAUUUUGCCGUUCAAUGAAGUCAUUGAAAUUGGCAAGAAUAGUUAUGCUGUUGCAGCUCCACCCAGCACCGAAGAUAUAGCAAUUAUUAUGUAUACAUCAGGGUCAACUGGUACGCCAAAGGGAGUUUUACUUUCACACAAAAACUGUAUUGCAACGCUCAAGGCUUUCACGGACUCAUUUGAAAUUUAUCAUGAUGAUGUUCUUAUUGGAUUCUUGCCAUUGGCUCAUGUUUUGGAAUUGCUUGCUGAGAGUUUGUGCCUUUUGGCCGGCUUGCAAAUUGGCUAUUCGACACCAACAACACUUACGGAUACAAGCAGCAAAAUAAAGCGCGGUUGCAAAGGAGAUGCGUCUGUUUUGAAACCGACCGCAAUCACCUCUGUUCCGCUAAUUUUGGACCGUAUAAUCAAAGGUGUCAACGAACAAGUUGAUAAAGGAAGCCCAUUCCAAAAAGCAUUCUUUAAGUUUGCAUAUGAAUAUAAACGAAAGUGGACACGAAGAGGCUAUGACACUCCACUAUUGAAUAAGUUCAUUUUCAAUAAAAUCUCGAAGACAAUGGGCGGAAAUGUUCGAUUGAUGUUAAGUGGUGGUGCUCCAUUAUCGCCGGAAACACACGAACAAGUGAAAAUAUUGCUAUGCACCGAGGUCGUACAAGGUUAUGGAUUAACUGAAACAACCAGUGGAGCCACACUCAUGGAUCCUAUGGAUAUGUCAUUUGGUCGCGUGGGUGCUCCCACCACAAUGUGUGAUAUUCGCUUAUGCACAUGGGAUGAAGGUGGUUAUCGUGUAACGAACAAGCCGAAUCCACAAGGUGAAGUCCUAAUCGGCGGUGACUGUGUGUCAAGAGGCUAUUACAAGUUAGAAGAAAAGACAGCCGAAGAAUUCUUUGAUGAGGACGGAAAACGAUGGUUCAAAUCUGGUGACAUUGGCGAAUUUCAUUCCGAUGGUGUUCUCAAGAUUAUCGAUCGUAAGAAGGAUUUGGUGAAAUUGCAAGCAGGAGAAUAUGUUUCAUUGGGCAAAGUUGAAGCUGAAUUAAGAACUUGUCCAUUGGUCGACAAUAUUUGCGUGUACGCUGAUUCUUCCAAACAUUUCACCGUUGGAUUAAUUGUGCCAAAUCCAAAGCACUUGAAAGAUUUGGCACUUUCACUCGGCGUUUCCGAUACAUUUGAAAACCUAUGCUCAUUGCCGGCCAUAGAAAAGGCUUUGGCUAAAGUUUUAGUUGAUCAUGGGCUUAAAUGUAAAUUACAAAAAUUCGAAAUUCCAGCCGCUGUGACAUUGUGUAAAGAUGUAUGGACACCAGACAGCGGCCUCGUAACAGCAGCAUUCAAACUGAAGCGGAAAGAUAUUCAAGACCGAUACCAAGCCGAUAUUAAUCGAAUGUACGCUUAAUACGAAAAAAAUUUAUAAUACAUUAUAUAGAAAAUGUAAAUAGUA